AUGAGUAGAUACUACAUAAUACUGAGUAGGCUUAGUAAACGGGAACUAGAAGACCUGUAUUUCGCUCUGCUUGAUAAUAAUUUGGAAUUAAAACAAACCAUCAAUAACCAAAAUGAAAAGAUCAAGCAAUUGUCUACUAGAGUGCAAAGGCUAUCCGCAGUUCAGAGGACAAGCCUUAGUAGGAGUGAAAGGGAUUGUUGUACAAGUGGAAAAGCUGUGAUUAGGGAGCAGAAUCAGAUCAUAGCAGACCAAAAGAGAGCUAAUGACAGACUUUCAGAGAGGGUAAAAAUUUUAAAUAUGAGGCUCUGCUCUGCAAAACAGUUUUUAGGUCGGAAUUCUGCCCGCUGCAAUAAAUGCUGCUUGGGAACAAACAUCUCUGUUAAAAAUUCAACAAUAAGUGCAACACUCAACAGUGCAAAUAAAAGAAGUGCAUCCAAUCUUCAAACAACUAUAGCCUCAAAUGAAAUUAUUCACAAGGAACUUCCUCAGACAACAUCCGUCGAGGUGCAAACUGACCAUCUGGAUGCUGACAACGGGGAAAAGGUGUGCAACGAAAACAAAUGCAAGACUCUAAUGGAGGAGUUGAAGCAGAAAAUUGUCGCUCUGGAAGAGGAGUUGUCUAAAGCCCACGAGGAACACUCGAAGCGGGUGGAAAGGUUGGAGCGAGAAGUCCUCACACUUCGCCAGAGCAAAAGCGAGAAGCUCCUCACGCUGCAACAGAGCGAAGAGCAGAUGGGGCAAUUGAUGCAGCGGCUGAGGGCGGCUGAAAUGAAGUGUGACGACAUCAACCUCCAGCUUUCGGUGGAGAAGCGAAAAGUAUCUGAACUGGAGACCAGGUUGAAAGCUGCUGACCUUUCUGCCCAUGUCGCUAAGACCGUAGAGCGACACCUUAUGGACCAUAAUUUGCAUGCAAAGUGCGAAACAUUAUUGCCUCUGUCUGACAAGCUACUAUCUGCGGACUCAUCGGACCAAAGGAGGACAAAGGUGACCCAAGAGCAGCCAAAGAACUCUGAUGAUUCUGGCUACAUGGAUACGUCUCUAUUCGACGAGAGAAAGAGUCCUGCCAAAGACGUUACUAAGGAAUUGCGAGAGAAAAUAUUUGACCUUCAGUCGCAAUUGAACUCAUUGAAACGUCUAGCGGCAGUUGACAAAGAUAUCGGGAAAAGAGUGUCGAACUUUGAACCAUACGAGUUGGCAAUCGAGGCUGAUCAGGUCUCUAUAUUGAAGAGCAUCACUGAUUAUAAUUUGAUGAGGAGCUCGCCGUUCGUCCCCGAGCCAAAUCGCACAAAGUCGGGAGAGGUUUUCGAAAUUAAAAGGCCAGAAUCGUUUAUUCUUCAAGAGAAUGGGCAAGAUACUCUUGAUGCCAAAAUGUCUCAUGUAACUGACACGUCUAAUACAUCUGAGACCGUAAAAUCAAAAUCCGAUUUAUUAGAGAGUAAAGGCAUUUCGGAUAAACCUGAAGAGUUUCAAAAAGCCCGUAAAAAAGAUGAAAAAAUGUCUAAGAAUGUUUCUUACGAAGAUGUUAUCUUAAAUAGUGAAAAGAGCAUCGUUAAAGGCACUUUAGGUGAAUGUGGCGAAUUUCAUACUCUAUUGCGACACGCGUCUUCCGAUGAAAAGCAUAAUGCCAAAAUUAACGAAUUGAGUUCUACCAAUAAUGUUAUAGAAAAGAUAUCGACCAAACGAGGCAACAGAGAUGAACAUGUGAAAUUAAGCGAUGAUUACCACAUACGGGGGAGUCAUACAAAUAUAACUGACAAGCGUCAAACCGCUGAAAAGAAAUUCGAAUGUGAUAUAACUCCAACCGAUGAUAAAGAUCUCAAUAGUUCUAGAGAAUACGCUAGUAGAAGCUGUUCUAAAGAAGAGAAUAAAGGUAUCAUGAAUAAAGAACAAGUUGCUAAAGGCAGCCGCAUUUAUAGUGCAGAAACAAAAACAGCGUUUAGAUCAAAAUCCGUGCCGGAAAAAGCUCUAAUUGAAAUUAUUAAGUCCGACUCGAGUACCGACAAAAUACCUAAAAGCCCAAACGUAGCCUCAUUUACGCAUAAAUUGGAAGAAUUUGGAGAUAUUAAAGUGUUGAAAGAAGUGAAGCCCAGUUCGGAAAUCGAUUUAACAGAAUUUGAAAAGGUGGAAAAGGGUAAAAAGAAAAAAUCGAUCGUUGGUCAUGGAUUAACGACAGAAAAAAAUCAAAGAAGGGGGAAGUCUGAUUUAAAUGGACCGGCAGAAAAGAUUGUAGAGCAAGACCAUGAAAUAGUGGACAGUUGCCAGUGCCGCGCGCGCGUAUGCCCUUGCCCGCUGGUGCGGCGGCGGGAAGUUAACGUGUUCCGCACGUGCAGCGGCACCGCCCGCUUCGAGACGGUCACCACCGCCGUCCGCCCCUUCGAGCGGUGCGCGUGCUGCUCCAAAAACGUGCAGCGCGAUCGAAAUGUUGCCCGCGGUUCCAGGACGCCGCAGCGUCGCUCCUCAUCAGGCGGUGGUACCUACGUAGUGAGGGGUGCCCCUUCUCCCGUUCCUGCUGACACGGACGGAGAGAUCUCCGGACUCACCGACCUACCGGACGAGAGAGACGAAAGCCCCAGGAACAUUCUAUCGCCCGGCGAGGAAAGACCAACUUACACGGAGACCCACACGUCGACUACUGACAUAACGCUCAGCGAGGGCGAAUUGCCGGUCUCAUGUGGAGCAAGAAAACCGCUAUCACCGGGCGAGAGGAAAUGGAAGAAUAGCAGUGGAGAAAUAUCGCCGGCGAUCACCUCAUCGCGGAGGAUGGAGGAGGCUCUCCAAGCGGUGGGCGAGGAGUUGGCCCGCUGCAGACAGAUGCUGCAGCGCCAGAGACCCCAGCAGGCGAGCUCGAAGGGUGUGUCGCCAAUGACGGUCUCCGCGUCGGACACGAUAGCGCUGAGCAAGGUCGUGAGUCAGGCGCGAAUUGUGCCCGAACACGCGCACUCCUGCCGUUUCACCUUCCACGUGGGCACCCUGGUGUUGUCCGAUCAGGCGGUGGCAUACUCGCGUGGCAAGUCCCUACUCCUCGCGUGGCGGUUCUACGACCAGCAGCAAUCCAUGGUGCGAAUGAGUCCAGGGCGAGUCCUGCAUUUCGACUUCACAAUGGAGUACCGCCUCCCCCUCACCGAACACUUCCUCGACUACCUGAGGAGAGAAGUGAUGCCUAUAACGAUCUACGAGAUGCAACGGCCCGAAGAGGCGCUGGCAAGUUGCUCUAUGCCUCUGUGCGGGGCCCUGGGCCGUGCCAACCGACGGGUGUACCUGUCGCUAACUUUAGUGGCUGGCUCCGAAAUGCUCGGGAGCCGUCACGACUUCGACGAGCUGGACUCGGGCGAUGAGGUGGGUGUGCUCGACGUGUGGUGCCGGCUCAAGGUCGGACCCGGCCUCCUGGGAACCGUACGGAGGGCGUCCCACCAGUCGCCUGACGUCACGGCUACACCAUCGUUGACCAACGGUCGGCCCUGCGGUUCUAGCCUGACACAAGAAAAUUCACCGAGGCGAGAGAUAGAGCAAAAGAUCGUCGUAAGUUCGGCUCAAGAUCUAAGACGUAAGAUAGCACAUGAGAUCCAAUCGCCCAGCAAAAUGCGUGUACUACUAGAAGUAGGAGCAGUAGACACACAUGGCUCGGAGGAUGGCAACCGACGCGCCCUGGACAUAACCGUCAUGUGGAUCGCCCUGAACGAGGAGUGCGAGGCCAUGACGAGAACGGACGUCCAGCGGCUCUUCGUCGCGUACAGCUUUCUGGGGAGGGACGGUGCCGAUCUGGAGACCCCCGUCAGCCUGCCCAAGCCCAAAGACUGCCGGGAGAAGUGCCACUUCAACUUCAAGAAAAUUUAUGAUAAAAAAUUAAUAGCGUUCCAACUGAGGGAAUGCGACUUGCCACUGCUGGGGCACAUGGCCAAGUGUAGACGUCGUCGCAACGUCCGACCCAGCCACAGGGACUGCCUCACCUUCACCGUCAUCAGCGAACCCUCAGAAGACCCCCUGGGCCUGAACAGCUGUGAGGAUAUCGGUUAUGCCCGGCUGUACCUGGGCGACGUGCUGGACCGUUGCUUCAGCUCUGACAGCUACACCGACGUGGUGUCUGUCAGGGGAGUGAAAUCAAACUCCGCAUGCGGCGUCCUGGCUGUACGCAUUGCGGGCCUUAGAGCACUCAAGCGCAUGUGUCAUAGUGCUAGCUCGGCCGGCGGCGGACGCGCAGUCGCCUACACGCGCGAGAAACGACGACGCACCGGAGCGUUUAAGUUCGGCGAGUGGAUCAGCCGUGUCGCGGUGCCCGCACUCCUCAGGACCCGAAGGCGGCUCAGCGAGAGCUGGGGCAGGGCGGUCACGCUCCGAAUGGAGAUGGAAGUGAGUGGAAUUACUUUACGC